GUGAUGUCAGAACAGAGGUCUGAGGGGACUAUUUUAAAUGAUGGCCAACAGUACUUUUCCUGGGAAUGGGCUUGGGAAACUGAGGACAUGGACACGUAUUCAGAUUUCAACUUCCAUGAUUAUUCCAAGCCCUAUCAAGAGAUGGAGACACUCUGUGGGAGCCAAGGAGAAGAUCUGAGAAGUGUAGAGUGGCUCCUGGACUUCAAAAUACCAAAUUAUUUCCCAGAGAAUACGAAAACAGAAAUCUCAUUUCCAUUGCAAAAGCUGCAUGAGAGAACUGUUUCUCAGCUGCCCCUAUGCUCCUCUGCUGAACCAGCAUCAGAUCACACAUCAGAUCAAAAUGUAACAGCUAAAACGCAAACGGAAAGUAUAUGGAAGACAUGCACAAGUACAGAGAAACCACCUUACAACUAUAAUGAGCUGAUUGAACAGGCUUUACUGGACAAGGGCAAGCUAACUGUUGAUGAUAUAUAUCAGUGGAUAGCGAGCAGAUUUCCGUAUUACAAGUUAAAAGACCCACAAUGGAAGGGAUGCAUCAGACAUAGAUUGUCUGUCAACAAAGCAUUUGUCAAAGUGGAGAAAGUGGGCAAGUGUCAUCUGUGGACAUACCAGGAGCAUGAACGGACCAAGCCUGCAACAGCAACAUGUACAAUGAAACACAUAAAAAACCAUUGGAAAAAACAGAAGCUCGCCGAGCUAGAAAUUGCAAACAAGCAAAUUGAAAGCAUAGAAAACACACCAACACGACCAAUGGCAAAGAAAAAAGUGGAAGCCAAACUGGGAAAGAAUGGAGAUAAAGCGAGGGUUCCAUUAAGGGAAAUCUUUGUAAACACAAAGAAACAUAACAUUAAAUUGAAAGUAAGGCCAACAUGCGAUCAUCGAACUCUGCAGACACCAGAGCUGACAACCAUCGAUGCCAGUCCACUUCAGCUAAAAUGUUCUCCAGCAUCCAGUCCAGAUAUCUUAGGUUUUCACAUGACAUCAAAUGUGACGUCCAAUGUUAGCGUACCUGAACAGGAGGAAGAGCGAAUUUUCAGUCCACUUGAAAAGGAAGACAGGCCAGCUCUUCCCAUGCAGAUGGACAUGAACUCCUGUCGGGUGUUAUCGACUAAAACUCUGCCACCAAAUAUAAGUGCUCUGUUGGAUGCAGAUAGUAGUAAGUCAGAAUACAUAUAUGUCUUUAUUAGGCUGAUAGCAAAGUGA